AUGUUCAUCCUUGAUCAAAAAUCAACUCCUUGUAUGAGAAGAAAACAGCUCAAUUCCAUAGAGGAUGAAAUUUCUACAAAUAACAGCAUUGUUCCAGCUGGUGGUGGAAGUGCUAGUUCUACUAAUACCCAUGAUGUUGCAGUUCCAACCAACAACAACGAUUUGGUUGCAGCAGUGGCACCACCACCAGUGCAACCUCAGGCGCAGCCGCAAGCACUACAAUAUGGGCCAGUCUUUUAUCCACCUGUUCAGGUAACAGGGAUGGUGAGCCAUGCUACUGCUAAGCCAAGACCGGUGUUUGUUAUGGACUUCCCUCAAAUGUAUUAUGUUAAGAUCAAGGUCCCAUGCAAGAGUGUUGCAGGAUUGAAAGAUGGCUGCUACAACAUCGAUAAAGAAGAUGAUGUAUGCUCCUUCAGCGGAGAAUUAUUUGGAGGUGAACAAGAUUUUGAGCUCUUCAAGAAGUUAGGGAUUUUCUCAGCCAGAGAGUUGGACAAUUCUCCGGUGUGGGAGUUAAGGAAACUUUUGAACACGGUGAAUAAUCGAAAAUCUCAUCACAAUACGGUGGAUAAUCCGAUGAAAUCUUCUGAAACUAAUAAUUCUCCUAAUUGCAAGAAGGACUUGCGAUUAUCGACCAUGAAAGUUCAGUUAGCCAAAACCUCUUCAAAGGCGGCUGCUAAAUCUAGAGAGCAUAAUAUUAACAACACUCUGCCUUCCAUGUCUUCAAUUAUUUCAAGUGGAAAGCGCAAAAUUUCCAGUAUUAUGACUUCCCCUGAAGAUGAAGAUUUUAGGGUGUCAGAGAAGUCUAAUGGCGUGGCAACUCUCAAAAGCAACCCGAAGGCAGAUAUAGAUCCAUUAAUGAAAGAGAAGCUAAAGGAGAAGAACAUGGCCAUGGUUAAAUCUGAACAAUGUGGCGAAAUGUGA